UCCGAUUGGUUGCUGGUGUUUUGCCGCUGCUUGCCGUUGAACUGCGUCAUAGCUCAUUACCAUAAAGUUGACCUACUUUCAACUUUCUGAUUGACGCUGUGGUCGCUCAAAAUGCGACGCCGACAGAUUUGCCUCUCCUUGCAGCUGAGAGAAGCCAGCUUCCAUUGAAAAUGAAUGACUUCCGGUAACUUUAGAAGCUCAAGUCGGCGGCGGUGUGUACGUACAGUUAGACGACAUCCUUUUAUUUGGAAAUUCAGGUGCAGUGCUGCUGCUGCUGGCUGUCUGUUCACUAUGGCCCAGAACCAGGUAAUCCUGCAGUUCCGCUUCGCCACAUUUGGGGACUCGAUGCUGCAGAAGAUGAACCUCCUACGACACCAGAGACGCUUCUGUGAUGUCACUGUGCGCAUCAACCAGCUGGAGGUCCCUGGUCACAAGGUAGUGUUUGCCGCUGGCUCGUCUUUCCUGAGGGACCAGUUCAUCCUUCAGCAGGACUCCGGGGAGGUCCAGAUCUCCAUGAUCCAGGAGGCGGAGGUGGGCCGGCAGCUCCUGCUGUCCUGCUACACAGGGCAGCUGGAGUUUCCGGAGCUGGAGCUGGUGCAUUACCUGACAGUGGCCAGCUUCCUCCAAAUGGGCCACAUUGUGGAGCAGUGCACCCAAGCUCUCAGCAAGUUCAUCAAACCUCAGCCUGCACGCCAGCUGGAGGUGGAUGUGGGGAUAAGGAGGGAGAAGAAGGAGGAGGGGUUAUCGUCCCAGGCCCAGAGAGAGCAGGAGUGCUCUCAGAUCCGGACUGUCCAUCAAGAGGGGGCGGAGGUGGUGCAGGUUGGGGACGACAACAGUGGCGAUAAUGACGACCACGAGGAUGACGAUGACGAUGAUGAUGUAAUCAUACAGCCUGCGUCCCCUCUUCCUAACUUAGACAAACGUCCAAAGCAGGACAUGGUGGAGAGCGACAUCACUAUCAUAAAAGUGGAGUCUGUGUCUGACGUAGCGGAAAACUCCAUCACUGGUCACUUCCCCGCCAGCCCACCUCCUGCCCUCCACUCUCCUGAGCCCCAGCACUCCCUCAUAAACUCCACCGUGGACAGCCGUAGCAGUGAGAUGGCGGCUCCGCCCGGCGCGACCGGGUACCCGCUCAGUCCCCCUCCUGCGUACCCUCCUGCAGAGAAACACGGUGUGCACCAGAGGAACUACGACAAACCCCUCCAGUGGUACCACCAGUGUCCAAAGUGCUCGCGGGUCUUUCGCCAGCUGGAGAACUACGCCAACCACCUCAAGAUGCACAAGCUGUUCAUGUGCCUGCUGUGCGGCAAGACCUUCACGCAGAAGGGCAACCUGCACCGGCACAUGCGGGUCCACGCCGGCAUCAAGCCCUUCCAGUGUAAAAUAUGUGGGAAGACCUUCACGCAAAAGUGCUCUCUGCUGGAUCACCUCAACCUGCACAGCGGGGACAAGCCACACCGCUGCAACUACUGCGACAUGGUUUUCGCUCACAAGCCAGUUCUCCGCAAACACCUCAAACAGAUCCACGGGAAGAACAGCUUUGACAACGCAAACGAAGGCAACCUGCACGAUGGGGGGCUUGACUUUGAUUUUGGGCAAAUAUGAAAUCUGUAGAAAACUGUUUUUUUAAGUAGCUUUUUUUGAAUGCCAUCGGCUAUUUAAAUGGCAGUGAUGCAGACUUUACCUCGGAUGGAACAUUAGAAUCCUAAAUUUAGCAGUUUGAGAAACUGACAGUAUUUUAUACAAACAGAGCCUGUUAUUCUUUGUGUGAGAAGCCAUUGAUUGCAUUAUUGAGGAUUGGCAGAUGAGUGAACAUGGUGGCUGGUUUCCUCUAGCCUCAUCCUGAUGGGUUUAACUGGAGAAUGCUAACGUGAAAGGAGACGUUUUCCUUGGUCUACAUUUAACUGUAGCUUCAUUACUGUGGACAGUUUUUUUUUUUUUUUUUUACAAUACGUUGUAGAUGCCUUCAUAUCGUACUUGAAAAUUCAGCACUGAAACACUAAAUAUAUAGACUGUACUUCAUUAGUUUUAUUGAUGAAUUAGCAUGUCUUUGUGUCUAUGCUGUCCAAUGAGAAAAAAACAUGAAUGAAAAAGAUCCAUAUGUAUAUUGUGUAUACAGUC